AGUCCAUGACCAUGGUCGGUCAACAAAGAUCCUAACCUUUCACUGACGUGUCAACAAAACCCUAAUUUUUUUAAUAGCCAAAAUAGAAAAUAUGAAACCCGUCUUUCGUUUAUUGCUACUUGGAUUAUUUUUUCUGUUUGUAUUUAAUUCAAUUUAUAGCUUGUAUGGCAUCUUCGUCCAUUCAAAAUGUAACAAAGGAGAUAUUUGUUAUAAAUCGUUUUUAAAUUCGCGUCCAAGCUUAGAUCUACAUGUUUUUGUAUCAGAUAAUUCGCCUAGUAAGAGAACCGAUGGAGUAUUACAUCUUAUCAAUUUUAAUUACCACGAAGAAUUUGAAAAGGAAAUAGGAUUGGAAAUAUCUAGGUCAGUCAGAAACAAUGGAAGCUUAUUCAUACAUACCAUUAUCAUUCCGAGCAAAGCUUAUGAUUCCAAAGAUUAUGGCUUGAGAGAACUAUUGAAUAAUGAGCAAAGCACAUAUAUUAAAAGUAAGCUGACAGCAUAUUCCAUACCCAUCAGUGCUGCCUUUAACCUGCUCAAAGAACAAGGCACAAAGUCUUCUGCUCAACCAGCAACACAUUUACGUUCCAAAUAUUCAAUUCUUAUGUGUACUGAGGAACUAGAGCUUCCACAUACAAACUUACCUCCAGAAUUACUUAAUCAUUUGAGGGUGAGCAGAAAUAAGGAAUUCCUUCCUAUUGCUCAUCAAGAUGUGCUGAAUAUGAGGCUGAAGGACUUAGUCGAGAUAACACCAGAAACUAAAAGAAUGAAUUUUAUAUUUGUGUAUAAACCAGCUACUUUGGGAAAAUUGAGAUUUUUAUUGCAUAUUGAAGCAACACUAUACCAGUUCUUGAAGUUGGGUUUUACCACAAAAGAUCUUGACGAAGUCAAAGGGGUAUUUGUGGAUACAAAUUUGUAUCUUUUAUGUGCUACUUUCUUCAUAGGAAGUGUACAUCUGCUAUUGGACUUUCUGUCCUUCAAAAAUGAUGUAAGCUUUUGGAAAUCACAAACUUCUAUGGCCGGUCUUUCAUCACGCACAGUAUUAUGGAGAGCAUUUUCACAAACAAUUGUAUUUUUAUAUUUGCUAGAUGAAGGAACUUCAUUAUUAGUUCUUAUUCCCAGUGGAAUAGCUACCCUUAUAGAGUUUUGGAAAGUGAGCAAAGUAUUUAAAACUAGCAUAUCUUGGGAUGGUCUGAAAUUCAAUAAAAGCAAAGAUGAGACCUCAGAUGAAAAGAAGACAAGGGAAUAUGAUGAAGAAUGUAUGAGAUAUCUAAGCUAUGUGUUGUAUCCUUUAUGUAUAGGGGCUGCUGUAUAUUCCUUGAUUUAUCAACCGCACAAGAGGUAAAAAUUUAACUAUUAUAUAAGUUUUAACUUGACCUUGCUGUCACACCACCUAUUAAAAAGUUUAGGUCAAGCAUAUAUCAAAGUCACGUUUAAGUUCACUGAACUUAUAUUGUCCUUAGACCUCUGAUUUUUAAACUGAAUUCAGUGGCAGGCAACAGUGUUAAACAGAAAACUGAAAUAAAAUAUUACUUAUAAAUUCACCACAAGGGUUGCAGCUUCUUCAUAUUGUCAAUUUACCAAAGUAAUCUUCUUCAAAUCUGCUGCAAAAAUUAACAUAAAAAUAUUCAAUUGACAAAAUUUGUCAGAGCCCAAACAUACAUUUUUUAUUUUAAACUUUAAAUAGCUUUUUUGUUAAUCAAGUGAUAUUAGUUUUUUUCUGUAUUUUUAUUAUUCCAAUAAUGUUCCGAUUUGAGAAUGUGCUCACUAUGUAGUAAAUAAUCCUAAAACUGAGAAAUUUCCCAUAAUUAUGCACAGAAAUACAAAUACUCUAAUUGGCUCUUUGAUACUGUAUGAAAGAGCAUGGUAUUUUCCAGUCACAACGAAGGAAGGUGAAAAACUGAACUUAUAGACCCUCUCUCUUCAUGACUGAAUUUUGUUGCAGCUGGUAUUCAUGGACAAUAAACAGCCUGGUAAACGCUGUGUAUGCAUUUGGUUUUCUUUUUAUGCUGCCACAAUUGUUCAUCAACUACAGGUUAAAAUCAGUGGCAGCUUUGCCCUGGAGGGCUUUCACAUAUAGAGCAUUCAAUACGUUUAUUGACGACAUAUUUGCAUUUAUCAUAACCAUGCCGACUGCUCACAGGGUGGCUUGCUUCAGAGAUGAUGUCAUUUUCUUGAUAUAUCUUUACCAGAGAUGGUUGUACCCAGUAGACAAGAGUCGAGUGGACGACAUUACUGGAGAACAUACUGAGGAGACGGUGAAGGAGAAAAAAGAAAAAUAGGGAUACUGCAUUAUAAAAUUCCUGAAACUUGUUCUGUGAUUUUCUUCGUUGUUAAUGUAUACGUAACUGAUUAAUUGACACCAUAGUAAUGCUUCUUUCCUUGUUUGAUCAAGAUCGUUAUUUCACGCACUUGGAGUAUUGUUUUCAUAUGUUCAAUAAAUUUUGUUUUGCAGACUUAUCGGCUGAAACAUGUGAAAUAUGGCGUCAUUAAUGAUAAAAGUUAAUGUUUGCUCGUGAAUUAGACGUCAAAUAACCUCUGGUAGUUACUAGGGAUUCAUUAUUGUUUAUUUGUUAUUGUGACUCAAAGUACAUAAUUAUUUUAUUUCAAUAUAUACAACGGUCAGAGAUUAAGAUAUAGGUAAGGUUGAAUUUGUUAUGUUUUUCUCGUUUAUCUACAAUAAAUUCGAUUUCUUUA